AUGACACCAGAAAAUAUGAAUACUGAUUACUCUUCUAAUUCAAUAUCGUCAAAAUCCUCACCUUCAUCUUCACCACAGCUGCCAGGAUCUUCUAAACAUGAUGAAAUUAAAAGUUAUGAUGAAAAUUUGAAAUCGAAUAUUCCAAGUAAACAAGCAGUUCGUCAGUCUCUUACAAAUAAUAAUCGAAUUCCGGUAUUCUAUUUAAGUCGAGGAAACAAUUCACAAUUAAUUGACACAGUUAUGACUGACUUAGGCUGGAAACGUACAUUUGAUCGUUAUGCUGAUUAUACUCUACGUUGGACUGAAAAUGCUGCUCAGACUAACUAUACAACAUUUAGAGAAGGUGAACAAAUUGUGAAUCACAUCCCAAAUUGUGGAUUACUAACGAACAAACUUGGCUUACUAUUAAGUCUCCGUGAUUAUGAAAGACGCUUCCAGAACAGAUACGGAAGACUUCCGGUUAUGGUGAUGAAUGACUUCUUCCCUGUAACAUUUAUUGUUGAUGAUCCAAAAGAACGUGAAUCUUAUUUCAGUUUACACCAAAGUGAGGAAUCACUUAUGUGGAUUUGCAAACCCAUCAGUCAAAAUCAAGGUAAAGGUAUAUUCUUGGUAAGCGACAUUGAUGCAUUCAAAGAACAGCUACACAAGAGAGAUGAAGAAGCACGUAAUCAGCCAUCUGGACUUUUGCCAAGGAUAAUUCAGAGAUAUAUCGGCAAUCCACUACUCCUUGAUGGUUGUAAAUUUGAUAUUCGAUGCUAUAUGCUGGUAGCAUGUACAAUGCCUUAUCUAGUUUUCUAUCAUCCUGGCUAUAUUCGGCGUUCAGCAAAGCCAUACUCAAAUCAAGAUCAAAAUCUUGUUACACACCUCACAACCAAGACUGGAUGUAAUACUUCGUACAAUAUAUUGUUUACGUUAACCUUGUUAUAG